UCUCUUCAACCAACAUGGAUCAUUCCUCUCCUCAACCAUCAUCGCCCUACUCAUCUUCAAAUUGUAACAGUUUUGUUCCUUGUUUUGAACCCGUUUCAAAAGGAACAGAAUUGAAACAUCUCAAAGAAAGAGUAGUUGAGGGAGAAGAGAAAAACGUGUUGGUGUUAAAGGCUUUAGAAUCCCUGAGCUCAAUAAAGGAUUGCUUGUCUAGAGUAGCAGAGGGAUUAGAGGGAGAAGAGGAUGUAACUUAUGUGAAAGAAUUAUCAGAGGAACCAGAAUCAGAAUCAAAUGAGCUAAUGGAAGUGUUAAAACUGGUUUCAAGGUAUGCAAGGGAAGUGGAAACAAGGAUUGAAAAGCACAAAGAGUUGAGGAAGAAAGAGAAGAGAGAAUUGGAGAGCAGCCUUAUAAGUUUAACCGAGGAGAAUAGGGAUGUGAGUAACUUGCUUAGGAUUGCAUUGUUGGAGAAAGAGGCAUUGGAGAAGAGAGUGAAAGGCAAUGAGCAUAAUAAGAGGAUGCCACUUCUGCAGUUUGCUGAAUAUGGUUUGCACAAAGUUGGUUUUGGAUUCAUGAUGGGGACUGGCACUGUUGACCAACCUAUAGAGACUAAAUCAGAUAGUAGUGAGAGUGAACAUGUUGUUAGUCUGGCCUCAACAGUGGAAAGGAUAAUGAAGAACUUACGCCUUGAAAUCACUCAUUUGAGGAGAUCUUUGGAGGAAGCAAGGUCAGACACAGAGAGGCUCCAAUGUCUGACAGAGAAACAAAGCAAAGAGAUUGCGGAAAACAAGGAGUACAUCAAGGACUUAGAAGAGAGAGAGAGAGUGUUGGCUCAUAACGUAGAGGAGUUUAUGAUGGAAAUCAGAGAAGCGGAGGAGGAAGUUGCAAGAUGGAAGGAGGCUUGUGAGUUGGAAGUAGUAGCCGGAAAGAAUGAGAUUCAAGAGCGUGACAAACUGGUGGAUGCACUGAAGCUAGAACUACAGAAAACGAAGGGUGCAUUGGAGAUAUCAAGGGGGAAGCUGAGGCUGAAAGAGGAGGUGGCAGCAACGGCAAUAGCAGCGCAGGAAGCAGCAGAGAGAUCGUUGAAGCUGGCAGAUACAAGAGCAGUGGAACUUCGGGAGAGGUUGGAGGAACUCACCAAACAGUUGGAGGAAGCAGACAAGAGGGAACGCACUACUCACAAACGAAGAAGGCGAAGGCGUCUGUGUUGGCCAUGGCAGCUUUUCAACCUCGCCUCUCCCCCUGAAAUGAAUGCCUUGCUUUACUGACAUGUAAAUAAUAAAAAUCUUUUACCUAUCCAAGUUAGGAGAAAAAAAAUAUUUAAAUGAAUAAGAAUUUGUUUCAUUGCUAUUAAGUUAUUAUUUAAAAAUAAUAAGCGAAUAUACCGAAAAUAGCUUCCGUAGUGUGCGUCUUCUUGUUGGACGCUGGGUGGCGUUAGGGUUUGCAGAGUCGCGCUUCGUUUUCUGGAGAUAACUGACACCUUUGCAUUCCGUCACGAAGCCAGUUGAUUCUUAAUAAUAGUUAAUAGCAAGCUAUGGAUCGUAAAGCAGAGAAUGACAGUGUGACGAAGAAGUUGGUUUCAUCAUGUGAUGUUGAAGCUUUGAAGAAGUGCUUGGAAGAGAACAAGGGUGACUAUCUCAAAUGCCAAUCACACAUUGAAGCUUUUAAAUCAUCUUGCUCAAUCAAGAAGCCUAAUUCACCCCUUGAUUCUGCACCUCACCUCAACACAUCAAGCUAGAUUCUUGACUUUCAUUUCGAAUUUGAGUCCCCAUGGAGUGGUUGGCAACUUGUAUACUUGUAUUAACAGUCAAUAAUUAGUGAGCAAAGUUGUAACUUUGCACAACUAUAAAUUUUCAUGAGUGUUUUAUUCAUAUAGCAGUGAACUGUUUGUAGGGGAGACGAUGUGUAAAAAGAAGAUAGGCAAAUGGAUUGUCAACCUCUGAUCAGCAUAUAUGACAACUGUUCCUGCAUGUAUAAAUUAUAAUCAGAUUAGCCAAUCAUUUAUAAAAAUUCGGUUUCCAUUA